UAAAUUCCACAAAUAAAGAAAGAAAGAAAAUAUUCUAGCCUCGUAAAAAUAACUCCAUUUUAUACAUUCGUUCUCUCUCUCUACCAAAGCCCUAUAUUCUCUCGAUCGCUCUUCUCCACUCUCUCUCCCCCUCGAUCGCAGGUGCUGCUACUUCACUUAGGAAAAAUGGCCAAUGCUGCAUCGGGGAUGGCUGUUGAUGAUCAGUGCAAGCUCAAAUUUUUAGAGCUGAAGACGAAAAGGACUUACCGAUUCAUAAUUUUUAAGAUUGAAGAAAAGCAAAAGCAGGUAAUAGUGGAAAAGGUUGGUGAGCCUUCUGAAAGCUAUGAGGAUUUUGCUGCAAGCAUUCCUGCUGAUGAAUGCAGAUAUGCUGUUUAUGAUUUUGAUUUUGUGACUGCGGAGAAUUGCCAAAAGAGCAGGAUCUUCUUCAUUGCAUGGUCCCCUGACACAGCAAAGGUGAGAAGCAAGAUGAUUUACGCCAGCUCGAAAGACAGGUUCAAGAGAGAGUUGGAUGGUAUUCAAGUUGAGUUGCAAGCAACCGAUCCUUCUGAGAUGGAUUUGGAUGUUAUCAAAAGCCGUGCUGCGUGAUGCUCCUGCAUGUUGAAGCUGCCUUCAUUGCGUGUUUCCAUACAGUCCACAGUACCUAUGUUUAAUUGUUAAUACCUUGUUAUGGGGAAAUAGAACUUGCUUAAAUAUAAUAUUUGAUGGUUGUUGGAGUGUUAUACUGAUGAUGUCUUGUUCUUUUGCUUCAGUAAUUUCAGAUUAUACAAUGAUAUGUUAUUUGUGGGAUUCACUGGUGA